GACGCUGGUAAGCAACCAUUGCGAUUUUGUGUAACCCGUACGGUUUGCCUUUUAUAAGCGAUUUCAUUUAAAUUAUAGCAUCCCAAGGUAACAAAACGAUCAUGCCGGGCGUCAGAAGGAUGAUCUUGGGCCACGUGUUGAGUGACACGUGCGCCAAAAUGAAUCGGAUGAAAAAGAUCCGAGGAAACGUCAUGGAAACUCCUUUAAAACGAUGCUUGUCCACCUUCGAAAUCACCUUGCUGGGAAUCGGUCAUAUGGUCGGAGCAGGGAUCUACGUCCUGACUGGAAUCGUUGCUCGAUAUAUCGCUGGUCCAGGAAUUGUCCUAAGUUUUCUUCUGGCGGGGUUCGCAUCACUGAUGGCAGCUCUAUGCUACGCAGAGUUUGGUGCAAGGGUCCCAAAAGCGGGCAGUGCAUACGUCUACACAUACGUUUCCAUCGGCGAGUUUUGGGCCUUCAUAAUCGGAUGGAACGUGAUGUUGGAGCACAUGAUCGGCGCAGCCUCCGUUGCCAGGGCCUGGAGUGCGUACGUUGAUUCUCUGACGGGCGGAUUAUUGAGCAAUUAUUCAUCCCACCUGGUAUGUGGCUACAGAAACACAGACGAUCCUCCCUGCUACGAUUUUCUAGCCGCCGCCGUGUGUCUUCUUUACACAAUUCCAAUUGCCGCUGGUGUAAAAGCGUCAGCGAUGGUGAACGCAGUUCUGACCUUAGUGAAUCUGGUAGUGAUAAUAAUGAUCGGCGGUAUGGGAUUCUAUUACGCAGAUAUCGAUAAUUGGGUCAAUGACGUAGACGGCUUUCUUCCAUUUGGAUUUAACGGUGUUUUGGCAGGUGCGGCCACCUGCUUUUACGCAUUCGUUGGUUUCGACUCAAUCGCAACCGCUGGAGAGGAGGCUCGAGAACCAGCCAGAAGUAUCCCAAUUGCCACAAUCAUUGCCAUGGUAGUAGUGACCACAGCUUACGUCGUUAUAGGUGGAACCCUAACUGCGGUUGUACCAUUCCGGGAAAUAAAUCCAACCACGGCACUACUGGACGCUUUUUCCGGGGUUCUGCCUUGGGCGAAAUAUGUUAUCAGCAUUGGUGCCUUGUGCGGCAUGACCACGACACUCUUUGGAUCACUUUUCUCCCUGCCACGGACUAUGUACUCAAUGGCAAGCGAUGGACUCUUGUUUGGCUUUUUCGCCAAGAUAUUUCCGUUCACGAGAGUACCGAUCUUCAGUCUGAUAUUCACCGGAUUGUGUUGUUCGUCAAUCGCGUUCUACUUCGACCUCGAACACCUCGUAGAGUUCAUGUCAAUUGGAACCUUUUUGGCCUACACGAUCGUCUCAGCGAGUGUGAUUGUGUUGAGGUAUCGUCCCGAGGUAACAUCGACUUCUGCUACCGAAGCCAUUACUCCCAGCACUCCAGGUUCUUCUAUGACCGAGGGUCCAGACUCACACUCGGGAAGUGACUGCAAUAGCAUCCAUUCAUCGAAUGCUGAGCUUUUAGACUUGAGUGAAGGAACUGGAAGGCUCAAGCCCCGAUAUUCUUGGUUGGCAUGGGUGUUGGGUCGUUUUGAACCAGGAAAAUGUGUCACAAUAGCUACACUUUUGUUCGCCCUUCUCUGUGUUCCGAUGUGUGCAGCGCUACACAUCUCGUUCAAACCGUCCACUCAGUUACGACUUGGCGAUUAUUUCGCCUUCGUUUUCCUUGGGUUACUGCUGAUCAUCUGUCUUUUCGUGAUUGGAUGCCAUCAACAAACUCCGGGACUCAAUGCAAGGUUUCGUGUGCCACUGGUUCCAUUCGUUCCAGCAUUGAGCAUUUUCUGCAACAUUGGGUUAAUGUUUCACUUGUCAUCUUUGACUUGGAUUCGCUUCUUUGUAUGGAUGAUACUAGGUAUGCUUGUUUACUUCCUGUAUGGAAUUCAUCAUAGUAAAGAAGCUACGUCGCCGAAUUCUCGGUCAAAUUUAAUGGCCACCCCGGAGGCUGGUCGGGGUGCAAAAUGGGGUGCAACUCUGGGUCAAUCAAGUGACAAAGUACCAAUACUUUCCUACGACGAAGCAUCAAAAUAGAUAUUUAUAAAAUUGUUAUAAAAUGUUUGUAUAUUCAUAUAUCUACUGAUUAGCUCAGAGGCACCUGAAACACGAUUCACGGUGGAUGACCAGUAAAUGGGUAGUAAAAUUUCUAAGUUACUAAAAUUGGGUCCUUCGGGGUAGUCCGACCUCCAGAUGAAAGGAUGUUUCAAAUUUCAAGAGAAGGACACUGGUA